AAAGUAUGAUGACAGAUGCUCAGCUGAUUUCGACAGUUGGAUGACAGAAAGAAGCUUUGACAAAUUCACUGACUUACAACUGUCUUCACGUUCUGGUAUACCGGGUGUGCUACUAAUACUACAGUAAAAAUAAAUAUGCUCUAAAAGUCAAGCUGUUUAAUAUCUAAGACAAUGUUUUCUAAAUUGAUAUAUCGAAGUAUACUCCGAACCAGCGCAGUAAGCGGUGUCCGCUAUUACGCAAAGCAUAAUAACCCCUUCAAAAAAACAGUGAACAUUCUUUCCAAUGAUAUACCUGAAUUUAUGGGUUUAAAAGAAAAUAUAAUUUAUCCUGAGCAUGCUGAUAUAGUAGUAAUAGGCGCUGGUUUCAUAGGGGCGUCGGUCGCUUAUUGGUUAAAAAAACGAGCUGGUGAGGGCCUAUCAGUAGCAUUGAUUGACAAAGAUUUUGCUCUUAACAACACAACAAGGAAUGUGUCACUAGGCAUGAUAAACCAGCAUUUCUCAUUACCUGAAAACAUAAGCCUUUCUCAACACACUGUUGAGUUCUUAAGAGACAUAAAAAAAAACUUAAGUCAAGACAUUGACAUUCAGUUCACGCCCACCGGUUCCCUUACUCUAGCAAGUGAGAAGUAUGCUGAUAAAUUGGAAGAAAAUGUCACUAUAUUAAAUGAACUUGGGGUCACACAUCAAUUAUUGAGUAGAGAAAAUAUUAAAAGCCUUUAUCCUUGGAUAAAUACUGAAGAUGUAAAGUUAGGUUGUAUGUCAGUAGAAUCUGAAGGCACCUUUAAUACGUGGGAACUUCAUAAGGGAUUAUUGAAAAAAUGUUCAGAGCUUGGUGCCACUUUUGUAAAUGCUGAAGUUACUGGUUUUGAACUUGAAAAGCAACAAGAUUUGCUUAUGGAAGGUGUGGCUCCAGGAUCCUUUGAAAGAAUCACUAGAGUUAUUUAUAAAAGUAAGGAUAAUGAAGAGCAUGCAAUUAAGUUUGCUGUAUGUGUCUUAGCUGCAGGUGAUAACUCUGGACAGGUAGCUAAACUGGCUAGAAUUGGAACAGGAGAAGGUUUAUUGAACAUGCCAUUGCCUAUAGAACGUAGGGAAUUUCAAGUAUAUUCAGUUUUAGAUAAAGGGACAGAAACUGGCCUGGCUACACCUAUAGUCAUGGAUACUACAGGACUGUGGGUGAUGAGAAAUGGUCUAGAAAGUAAUCUAUUUUGUGGGAAUAUUCCACUCAUAAAUGAUGACAGUAAAAAUAUGAGUGAAAAUGAUUAUUUUGAAAAAAUAAUCAAACCAUCAUUGUUAAACAGAAUUCCAAGCUGUAGUAAUGCACAGAUAAAGAGAUUUACGACUGAAAUGCAUGACUGCAACAUAUUUGACAAUACUGGAGUCAUUGGGCCACAUCCCUAUCACAACAACUUGUAUCUAGCAACAGGUUUUGGAAAACUCGGAUGUCAGCAUGCACCAGGCAUUGGACGAGCCAUAUCUGAACUCAUUAUUGAUAGUCACUAUACAACAGUUGAUUUAACACGAUUUCACUUUGAUAGAUUCUUACUUAAUGAAAAGUUGGUAGAAUUUAAUGUGUAUUGAUUGUUUUAAGUGUUAUGUACAAUAACUUGUUAGUAGAAUAAACUUUAACAAAAAAGCUA